AUGGCGGCGUUGGGAUACGAUGAUAAGAAGGCUUUGGCUGCGGAAGAGGAGGACAUUAAAGUUGCGUGUACGUCUGUCAACUCGACGCAAGAAUCGUUUUCGGAAGGAAAGACAGCAAUACAGCAAGAACGCGUCAAGACCUGGGGUAAUGAUAGUGUGCAUGAGGCAACAUGCACACCGCGAGGUUGGCCGUCGAAACCGCGAUGGAAAGUACGCUGGACCUGGAUGUUGCACGACGCCUGUUUGACUAUCUGGCACGCCACCAAAUGGACCGCGCGGACGAUUAAGAAUGCACCACUAUGGAAACACUUCCGGUGGUCGAAGAAGCAGUUCUACGCCUCUCUCCUCUUGCUCAGCUGGGUCAUCCUGCCCGUAUUUGCAGCAGGUACGGUGACACCGAUAAGUCACAUUUUCGCAGACAAGACUUUGUCAUGCGGAAACACCAUCGGCGGAGACCCUCAGAAUGCAACGGUGACGGGAAUAGAGAAACUCUUUACGCUGGACGCUACGUGGGGUCAAUUCACCUUCUCACAGGCCAAGACGAUAGACAUACUCUGGGACUUGCUUAUCGGGAAAGGCGCACAGGCAUUGGCGUGGUGGGCCACGUACAAUGUCUUCUGCGACGCGUUACUACGCGCGAUCGAACGACAUCCGGCGAGCUUCAGCAUUUUCCAGAGGAUGGCUAUGGAAGGGCCCGGGUUGCACUGUCUAUGGGCGUUGACGAAAGAGCUAUGGACUGCGAAGAGUAUACGGACGCGAUUUUUGUUCUUCUACAUGUUUUGGUCGACAGGUUACGUGCUUCUUGUACCCAUUGUCCUCGGCGCCAUGACAGGUUACGACAGCACUUCUAUCGCGUGGCUCGACAUCGACGGGUCGAACAACAUCAUCCCCGCUUCCCAAUUAUCAAAUACGUGGGUUAUCUUAGGCACGAAGAACGAGACGUGGAAGCAACCGGGCUGUGCGGACUACGAUCUGCGCAGUGAUUAUGGCUACAUUACGGAUAAGAGACGCCAAAGUUGUGACUGCAAAUUCGCCAACGGCACCACUGUAACCGCCGCCGAACAAAGAGACCUCUGGCAGCACACCUCGUUCAAUCAAUACGACGAUCUUUUGUUCAAUUGCACCUUCGACUUCCCCAACAACACACAGACCUGGACGGAAGAAAAGGUCUACAAUCAAGACUCCAUCACUCAUCUCUGCAACACCAGCGUCUCCGUCCCUGUGGGUGGCAAAACGUACAACGCCGACGACCUCGUCGGAGACUACGGGUACUGCUACAAUAGCAUAGGGUAUCAGUACGACUCGCUCAUCGGGAAAAGCCGCUGCCUCCCCGACACCGCCAAUCCAACCUACCAAUGGGGUUUCUCGACACUCAUGGCUGGUUUGUUCAUGUUUGUGACGAGUGCCUGGGUGUUUAGACGCACAAUUUAA